UAUUUAAAAUUAUAAAAGGAAUUCCCCGAACUUUGACACGUAUCAGGCGGACUUUAAACGCUCAAAUAUUUGAGUAAAAGGUUUUUUAAGGAACGUUUUGAGCCGAAAUGGAAGAUAUUCUAUGUCAAGGUCAUGGGAAGCCGUGUUUCCUGAAGACGGGUACCAAGGAAGGACCCAACAAGGGGAAAAGCUACUAUAUCUGUAGCAUGGGACCAGGGAAGCAGUGCAACCACAUAAAGCAAGCAAGACUACCGGUGUCUCGUUGCUUGGUGCAUGAUGGUGACAUUGUGGAGCUGCAGGCACUCGGGACUAAUCCUUCAACCGGGGAACAAAAGCGUUACUUUCGAUGCAGCAAGUACAGGGAGAUGAGCAAGGGGUGGUGCGGCUCCGUUGUGAUCAGUAAAGUCAACCUGCAGGGUGAUGCCUUACAGCGCAAGCCAUUGAAAGAUUGCAAUGGAACUCAAGAGUCUCAGGGAGGAUUUAACAAACAGAUUAUGCCAAAACCCCAACAACAGAGAACCGGCAACACUGCAAGGACAGAGCACGUACACCCUCAGAACAAACCGGCUAGCCAACCAAAUAAAUCGGGAAGUACGUCAGUGAACGAUCCCACCUCUGCCACCACAGAGUCAAGGAUUAGAGGCGAUCAGAGUAGGGGUCAUGUGGUGCAAGAGGGUCAACGAGUUAACUCCAACGAACUGAGGCAGCAUGCCGAGACUGUUCACGAAAGCAGGUCGACUUCUCAGGCCUCAGCACAGAAGGACAAACCUUUGCCAAAGACCGUGGCAGAGCUGCGGUCAGAGAUGGACGAACUGUCGGAGAGCUUUUCCUCCCAGAUGGACAUUUCUGGCGGUGAGGAUGUCUUCAUCUCCAGUUCCUCGGCUGAAAGACCUCAUCAAGGUCUUGCUGUUCCCAAAUCUACCAGUGGAAGGAAGGCUGCUGGAUAUCAACCCAAGGAGUUAGUUCAAGACAGUGUCGGAAAACAACGAGGAGGGUCUGGGGACAUUGUUUCUGCCAGAAGGCUUACUGAACAACGAACAGUGCCAGCAGCUGGCCCCGGAAAUGAUCGGGGAACAAGCGCAGGGCCCACCAAAGUAAUCCCUAAACCUUCCAAUCAGGUUAGUGGCAGUGGCAAGACAGCUGCGGCCAGCAGCCAAUUAUCUAGCAGCUCUGGUGCGACUGUGCAAUCAAAACCCAAUGCUGCUCCUGCAGCCGAGAAUGCUGCAGCCCCUGCCGUCAAUUCACUCUCAAAAACACAUCAAACCUCCCUUGAAGCCAAGCCAAAAGAGGCACAGCUUGCCUCCGCCAAACAGCCAACUGUAGUUGAUGUCAUAGACCUCACAUCAGAUGACUCAGUCACACUCACAGAAGCUCGAACACUGCCGUCAUCUCACAACCAUGCCACAACAGUGAUCCCAGCAACCCGCCCUGUUACACUCCCAAUGUCAAGCUCAGCCAGUGGACAGACCAGCCUCUUCCAAUCUUUUGGGAAGGUGACCUCUCAGAAAGAACAGACGGCACUAGCCGUCCAGAAGGACUUACAGCUCAAACAUCAGCUUCUCAGAGAUCUUGACAAACAGAAGAAUGUUGUCAAGACCGUUCCCCUCUCCAUGCUGCCUGACAAGGGGGCCAAGCUAGUCCAGCGAGUGGCCUCCACGGAGUCACAGCUGAAGGAAGUUGAGGCCAGACUGCAGAGGGCCAAGAUCGAUGGACUGUUGCCUGCACAGACAUUGAACGGAAGAUUCCAGCCUGCGUCGUCAUUAUCAGGCCAGCCCACACAGCAGCAGUCCUACAUGGCCUACCAGACAGCCUCUCAGCCCCAGGCAUUGACACUGUACGGUGGUCGCAUGACAACUGUGAGACAGCGAGAGGUUGGAGCUAUAACCAAGGGUGCCAUCGACAAGCUGCAUAGCUCUUUGCAAACUUGCCCCACGGCCGACGCAGAAGCCGAGGACCCCUCGGGAUUAAAGGUCAGCCUGAUGACCCAUCAACGACAGGCCCUGGCCUGGCUAGUGUGGAGAGAGAAGCAGCAUCCGUGUGGGGGAAUUCUGGCUGAUGACAUGGGCCUGGGGAAAACCCUGACCAUGAUCUCGCUGGCUCUGUGGCAAAAACAGCACAGUGCUGCACCUCCAGAGAAAGCAGAAGAUUCAAAGACAGGAGACAAAGGUUUCAUCACCUCCCAAGCCACCUUGGUCGUGUGCCCUGCCUCCCUCAUGUCGCAGUGGCAGAAGGAAGUAGAGCAGCGCUGUGCACCAGGCCUCCUGACCACGUACCUGUACCACGGCACCAACCGGGAGCGCAGCGCCCGGCGGCUGGCCAAAUACGACAUGGUCUUCACCACGUACGAGAUAGUUCGAAAAGAGCUUUCCUUCCUGUCUGCUAAAGAGAAAGGAGAGGAACCGGUGAAGGAUGGCUCAGAUCUGCCCUCCUCCCCAGCAGAACAUCCCCUCUUGCUCCAGAUUCUCUGGGAGCGCAUCAUCCUGGACGAAGCCCACAACAUUAAGAACCACAAGAGCCAGACAGCCAUGGCCGUGUGCCGGCUACGUGCUAGGGCUCGUUGGGCCGUGACGGGCACCCCCAUUCAAAACAACCUUGUGGACAUGUACUCCCUCCUGAGAUUUCUGAGAUGCUCUCCCUUUGAUGAAUACAAAGUUUGGAAAAGGCAGGUCGACAAUAACAGCAAGUCCGGUAGCAACAGACUGAAUGUUCUGGUGAAGAGCCUGCUACUCCGUAGGACCAAGGACCAGAAGAACACAGCCACAGGCAAGCCGCUAGUGGCUCUGCCCGACAAGAGCUGCCAUAGCCACCAUAUAGAACUGUCUGCCGACGAGAGACGGGUUUAUGAGAAGCUCUUCAGAGAAUCAAGAUCCAAGGUGCAGAACUACAUCCGCUUCCACGAGGGGAAAGAGAAGGCUCAAGGGUCGGGGGUCACUAGCAAGACCCCGGCCCUAUUCACCAGUACUGGCAGCGCAUCAGUGGCCACGGGUAGGGCACCAGGUGGGGCCGCAGGCGGGGCAGUCAGAGGCACGGCUCAAGACCAGGAACAGCGCAUGCAUGCCAGUCACAUCUUGGUCUUGCUGCUUCGGCUGAGGCAGUGUUGUGGGCACCUCAGCCUUCUCAAAGAGGCUGUCGACACCAAGAGCUGUGAGCCAGAGGGCAUCGACUUGGACCUGGUGGGCCAGAUGAAAGAGAUGGCCAUUGGAGAUGAGGAGGGGGAGGAAAUGAAGAGAGGAGACAGGGAGGAGAGGAUCGCAUCCAAACUGUCCAUCUUUGACAAGAUGAUGCCCAGCACAAAAAUAGCAGCAGUGCUGUCCACCCUGGCAGACAUCCGGCGCAAAAGCCCCGCGGGCCGGCCUAUGAAGAGCGUGGUGGUGUCCCAGUGGACCCAGAUGCUGGACGUGAUGGGGGCCCACCUGACCGCCGCCGGCUACCGCUACUGGAGCAUCCGGGGCGACGUCCCCCCGAAGAAGCGGGCUGAGGCCCUGGAUGACUUCAACACGGAGCCCCGGGGCAGGGAGGUGAUGCUAGUCUCGCUGCAGGCCGGUGGGGUGGGGCUGAACCUGAUCGGGGGCAACCACCUGUUCCUCUUGGACAUGCACUGGAACCCAGCUCUGGAGGACCAGGCCUGUGACCGGAUCUACCGCGUUGGGCAGACCAACAAUGUCUCCAUCCACAAGUUUGUCUGCCGAAACACCAUCGAGGAGCGCAUCCUGGAGCUGCAGAAAUCAAAGUCCAAGCUGGCAUCCGACGUGCUGUCAGGAGCAAGAUCUCAGAGUCAGAAGCUGAGCUUAGCCGACCUGCGUUUCCUCUUUGGCGUCAACUAAACAAGGCAAGGCAGUCAGACUUAUCUAAUCAAUGUGUCUUGUGCCCGGCAGAGGGACAUUUGGGCAACAUGGCAUCCACUAGUUAUUAACCUCCAUAACCUUAUUUAUUUUUCUUGGAAGCGAGUAAUCUUGAUCUACACAUUGAUUUUUAUGUAUCUGAUCUCAAAACCCUUUGUAAAAAAGGAGCACGGAAAACUCAAAAUAAACUGUUAUUUUUUUUUUUCAAAGAGCAUAUACAUUUAUACGUAAUACACUGACCUUAAUUACUCCCUAUUACCGGGCAUAUGACAGGUUGUUGUGAAGUGAAAGACUUAUAUGAAAUUUAAAACCACACCCUUUCAUGUAAAAAAAUGUAUUUUUUGAAACUACUUGUAUCAUGUUCACAAUGCAAAAGAGGUUAUCUCUUUCUGAAACUCGUAAAUGAACUUGAUAAUUUGAAGAUUCAAGUCUUAUCUUUAUCAUGGAUGUGAAAUAUUUUGGGUGUUAUUGUUAUUGCUAUGAAACCUCCGUUUCAUAUCUUAUUCAUUCAGUAAUUUUAAUUAAUGCAACACCUGCAUAAAUCCCCGUCAUCUGAUUGGUGGAUCGUUGAUCACAUGCAUUGAAUUAUUUGUACCAACAAACAGCUGCUGCCCGACGCCCGCAGCAUCCAGGCAGAGUGUAAACUAAUUCUAACAGGGUACGUUAGAAAUGAAUAACGAACACCUCCGGAUCGAUUGCACUGCAGCUUCUAGUGGCGCAAGUUUCUCAAUGGCAAAAUGACAAGCGAUCAAGCUCUGCCGUUCACAAUUCUAGGAAAUAAUUAAUAAGAACUUGUUUUUGUAAGUAAUGCUGAUGCUGCCAACAUAAGGAAACAGAUAAAAUGCUGCACAACUGGACAACUUCCAGUUUGAAUGGGUUAAUUAAUCCAGCUAUACUCAGAAAAUCAGAUGACAAGGAUUUAUACAGGUGUUGAAUAAAACAAAUAACGAACGUUUUGCAUUUGUGCAAUACCAAGGAUAAUUGCAUUCGGUGACAGAUGAAACAGUCUAUCCUAUUCGGCUUCACCUCCUGGAACAGACGGUUUCAUCAGUCACCUCAAGCAAUUAUUCUUACCGUCGCACUCUGAAACAUUACAUGUAUUUGUACAGCGGCAGGACUUACAUGUGCUAUCGCCCAAGUUUGAACUUAGAACUUUUAGGUUCUAUAAUUUGUGAGUUUAUGCAAAAACAUGAAAAGCUUCCAAACAUGGAAAUACACAAGUAUUACUCUGGUCUGAAUGCAAUGUCCUAUCCUUCACAUAACUGUUGCUUAUAUUUUUAUUCAUAUCGGAUAUACAGUUACUUGUACAAUAGCUUUUUUUUCCCUGCAAAACUCAAGAAAGAAGCAAAUACACAGCUCCUAACGCCAAACCACAAGAAUGCACCCAAAAAAAAAACACACUGGACAAACUCUUCUCAGAUCGCUCGAGAGACAUUUAUUGAUAUUCAAGAUGUAAUAUGCAGAAUGCCCCAAAAAAGGGACAGUUUACAGGAUUUCUGUCCAUUCGGCGAGCUGACGGCCUACAGCAAGCAUCGUACCGCUUUAUACGCAAAUUAUCACAGUUGGAGCAGAUUUUGUAGAGCUUCAUUUCCCGCAAAUUGAUAAUUGGUCCAGUCACAGUGUCUUAACCUCAAGAUAUCUCAUGAGCUCUAUUCGUAUACACUGCCCCUGCCCCCCCCAUGCCACAUCCAGUCAGCAAAGAUUCUUAGCAUGCUAUCAUUUGUGUGAACUAGUGAUGCACACAGAAAUUGGUCUCACUUCUAGACUAGUCCCUGCCUCCUCCUUUUACCACAUUCUACAACGUGAUGGGAGUGCCGUGAGCCAGCCCACUUGGCCCUCAUUGUUACUUGUUGUUUCACUGGUGUGCAAAGCAAUGAUUACAAUGAUCUGAGCUUGUGUAAACCAGUGACAGGUUUGCACUCAGAUGGGCCUCACCGCUAUGAAACAUGGCAUUCUUUUUGCACCAGACUCCUCUUAAAAUUGAUGACGCUUACAGGGUUUUCACAGAUUGCUUACUGCAUUUCGUAUUUACAGACACAAAAAACCCCCAAACAAACCCCAUAAAUGCAAAUUAUAUUGUCGACAUGCAACAUGUACAGUAUACAUUCUGAACACCAGAUAAGUUCCUUCUUUUUGGUUGAAUAAAAAAAUAAACCUGUUACUGGAAAAUAAAACUGCACAUGUUCUUGUAGAGGUACCACAAACCCAACUAAGAAAAAGCAACAAAAUUCAAAUAAUUAAAUCUCCUCUUUUACUUUUACAAAAUGAAAUGGAGCAAAAACCAAACCUGACCCAACUAACUACUUGCAACUCCAAACUGACAAACCUCCAAUGCAAUGUGAGGUUUCUUGUUGGAAACUGAACGGCAAAAUGGUGAUCAACUUUGUUUUACCACCAGCGCUGCAACCGAAAAUGAAAUACAACAAAAAGUUUUUAAAGAAAGCGUAAUGAAAACCAAACACCCGCAUCUUUUUCUAACGGCAAAUACGAGACGAAAAGGGGACACAAAAUGCAACAAAAUUCCCCCCCCCAAAAAAAAUCUGUUACCAUCUUGUACCACACUAUAUUCAGAUGGUACCACCAGGCCCCCAAGUGACGCCUUGCGAACUUCAAUGAACCUCCUCAAGAUACACAUCUCAAACAGACCUACAAAUUAACAACGUCCUGUCGUUACCAGCUUGUCAAAAAAAAUAUAAAGACGACCUCAAAACGCCUCUCAAAUAUAGCAUAUUUGUAAUGUGAAUAUCAAAAAAAGACCUGAAUAUACAACUUCACCUUGUAUCUGAAAAGCCUUGCAGUCGAAAAGUAUCCGCCUCAAACUUAUUUUUAAGGAUCUAGUAUCUUUGUUCUUCUAAACUGACAUUUGGUUUGGUUUUUUUUUUGCAUUGUCAAGACUUGGUACAUAUAAAUCUGUGAGUAUCUGGCGAGUAUCUGGCGAGAAACAGCUCAAGUUUGGUUAAAUCCUGAAGGUUUUGAUGUCAGAAAAUAAACAAGGAACCCUGAUAAAUACUUUUAUUUACGAUACAUUAAGUACGCACCAAUAAUCUGAUGAUGUCAUGGAAAUGUACACUUGAGUAAAGGAGCACAUCUUGGCACUAUACCCUUGAUACAAGAAAUGGAAAUGCUCCCUACGUGUUGAUUACGUAGUUCGCUUUUUGCAAGGACGCGCUUUGAAAUAACAUCAGUGUAUGUACACUGCACCAAAUAUGACCAACCGAUGUGUGUGUUGUAGUCAAGUACUUUUUCAAGAGGGCUAAGUACUGGAAAAAUUUACUGUGGCUGUAGUCAACUACGCGUUCACAAAUACAAGUGCUACUGUGUUUUCCCAAAGUGCAGUUCACUUUCCUUUCUGGACAAUUUGCAAGUAUUGCCCUCAACUGACUGGUGAGCGGGCAAGCUCUCUCUCUCUCCUCGGACCAUACCUUGGCCAAGUUUUCCGAAACUGAUCAUAGAUCAUUACAAGAGGCCAGUGGGUUUUUUUUUUUGGUCUAGUUUCAAAGCUCUCAAACAAAUGCGGGGAAAUCAGGCACAACUCGCUCGGCCAAGACGACCACAGAAGUGACUGUGAGGAGGGAUUUGAACCCGAGACCCCCAGCACACCGUUCUUGCCCACAACCAAUCGGGCUUUCCAGUUUCCUCGUCAAUAUCACUCUCAUAACGUUCAACUCAAUGUGAAUGUUUCUAUAAAUGUAUACGCUGUUUGCUGUCAUGCCUUUCGUGCACAUGUACAGAUGGUACAGUCGACACUGCACAGUAGACUUCUUGCCCUAGGCAUUAUAUACACCAGAUUUUUUUUUAACACAUGUACAUGUAUAUUUACAAGCGGCACAGUCUGAGAAAUGAAUAUCGACCAUGGAAGUGAGAGUCGGAAAAUUAUACAUCACAGAAGUCACUACCCUUAUUGAGAAUAAUUGGCUUAAGGUAUGGCACACAUUGCAAACGGGAUGUUUUCGUUGGCUGUGACAUUUCAGCUGUACAGAGCUUUAUAAGCAUCUAAUUCAAAAAUAAAUCAGGACGUUGCAGAACUUUGA